AGCUCCGUGCAGCGGCCCCGGGCGCCGCUCUGCAGCCGCUAUGGGCUGGGCUGCCCCUCUCGGGACCCUGCUGCUGCUACUUCUGUGGGUGCCGGCUGCCCGCGGCUCCUGGGGGCUGGCGGAGGAGGAGAGCCUGGAGCAGCAGCCGGGGUACCGCGACCCCUGCAAAGCCGCUGCCUUCUGGGGAGAUAUUGCUUUAGACGAAGAGGACUUGAAGCUGUUUCAGAUAGACAGAACUAUUGAUUUAACAAAGCAUUUGGAUGAGAAUACAAGACACACUACAGGUGGCCUAGGGGAGCAGUCUGCUGGGCCCAGCCAGAACACCACGGCAACCAGUCGUAGUAGCAAAAAAGUUAAAAAGGAUGGCAGGAGCAAUGCCACACUCUCAAGGAGGCCGACGGAGGAGGAGGAUAAAGACCUGCCUCUCUCAGCCACGGGCUCCUCUCCCAGAAUCCGCAGGGCAACCACAUCGAGGGCAGAGAGAAUCUGGCCGGGAGGGGUCAUACCCUAUGUCAUUGGAGGAAAUUUCACUGGCAGCCAAAGAGCUAUUUUUAAACAGGCCAUGAGGCACUGGGAGAAACACACCUGCGUGACUUUUGUGGAGAGGACUGACGAGGAGAGUUUUAUUGUGUUCACGUACAGAACCUGUGGUUGCUGCUCAUAUGUGGGUCGCCGAGGGGGUGGUCCCCAGGCCAUAUCCAUCGGCAAGAACUGUGAUAAGUUUGGCAUUGUGGCCCACGAGCUGGGCCAUGUGGUUGGGUUUUGGCACGAGCACACGCGGCCCGACCGGGACCAGCAUGUCACGAUCAUCAGAGAAAACAUACAGCAAGGUCAGGAGUACAACUUCUUAAAGAUGGAAGCUGGGGAAGUGAAUUCUCUGGGAGAGACCUAUGAUUUUGACAGCAUCAUGCACUACGCCCGGAACACCUUCUCAAGAGGGGUCUUCCUGGACACCAUCCUUCCCCGUCGAGAUGACAAUGGGGUUCGGCCAACUAUCGGUCAGCGCAUUCGGCUGAGUCAGGGAGACAUUGCUCAGGCGAGGAAGUUGUACAAGUGCCCAGCUUGUGGGGAGACCUUGCAGGACACGAUGGGGAAUUUCUCUGCUCCUGGCUUUCCAAAUGGCUAUCCUUCCUAUUCCCAUUGUGUGUGGAGAAUAUCUGUGACUCCUGGGGAGAAGAUCAUUUUAAAUUUCACAUCGAUGGACUUGUUUAAAAGUCGCCUGUGCUGGUAUGAUUAUGUGGAGGUGCGUGAUGGCUACUGGAGAAAGGCUCCCUUGUUAGGUAGAUUUUGUGGUGAUAAAGUCCCCGAGCCUCUUAUCUCCAUGGACAGCAGGCUGUGGAUUGAGUUCCGAAGCAGCAGCAAUAUCCUGGGCAAAGGCUUCUUUGCGGUUUAUGAAGCAAUUUGUGGUGGAGAAAUUCACAAGGAUGCUGGCCAGAUUCAGUCUCCCAAUUACCCAGAUGACUACCGACCUUCCAAAGAAUGCGUCUGGAGGAUCACGGUUUCCGAGGGGUUUCAUGUAGGACUCAUGUUCCAAGCAUUUGAGAUUGAGAGGCACGACAGUUGUGCUUAUGACUACCUGGAAGUCCGAGAUGGCCUCACUGAGGACAGCCCUUUGAUUGGACACUUUUGCGGCUACGAGAAGCCAGAAGAUAUCAAAUCCAGCUCAAAUAAAGUGUGGAUGAAGUUUGCAUCUGAUGGGUCCAUCAAUAAAGCAGGGUUUGCAGCAAAUUUCUUUAAAGAGGUGGAUGAAUGUUCUCGGCCAGACAACGGUGGAUGUGAGCAGCGCUGUGUGAACACGCUGGGCAGCUACAAGUGUGCCUGUGAUCCUGGCUACGAGCUGACGGCUGGUAAAAAGAGCUGUGAGGCUGCCUGUGGGGGCUUCAUCACCAAGCUCAAUGGGACCAUCACGAGCCCUGGGUGGCCUAAGGAAUAUCCCAUUAACAAAAACUGCGUCUGGCAGGUGGUCGCUCCAGCCCAGUACCGGAUCUCUCUGCAGUUUGAAGUCUUUGAGCUGGAAGGCAACGAUGUCUGUAAAUACGACUACGUGGAGGUUCGCAGCGGGCUGGCUUCCGAUUCCAAGCUCCAUGGCAAAUUCUGCGGCUCAGAGAAACCGGAAGUGAUCACAUCCUAUAGCAACAACCUGAGACUGGAGUUCAAAUCAGACAACGCGGUAUCCAAAAAGGGAUUCAAAGUGCACUUCUUUUCUGAUAAAGAUGAAUGCUCCAAAGACAAUGGCGGAUGUCAGCAUGAAUGUGUCAACACAUUUGGGAGCUAUGUCUGCCAAUGCAGGAAUGGGUUCAUGCUUCAUGAAAACGGCCACGAUUGCAAAGAAGCUGGCUGUGAGCACAAAGUGAGCAGCGCAGAAGGAACUAUGGCAAGUCCAAACUGGCCUGAUAAGUACCCCAGCCGGAAGGAAUGCACCUGGAACAUUUCUGCGACUCCCGGCCACCGGGUGAAAAUUACGUUCAAUGAGUUUGAGAUUGAGCAGCACCAGGAGUGUGCCUACGACCACUUGGAAAUGUACGAUGGCCCCAACAGCAAGUCACCCAUCCUUGGCCGCUUCUGUGGCAGCAAGAAACCGGAUCCGGUGGUGGCAUCUACUAACAAGAUGUUCCUCAGGUUUUACUCUGAUGCAUCUGUGCAAAGAAAAGGCUUCCAGGCAAAGCAUAGCACAGAAUGCGGCGGGCGCCUGAAGGCUGACGUACGAACUAAAGAGCUGUAUUCCCAUGCCCAGUUUGGGGAUAACAAUUACCCAGGCCAGUCCGACUGUGACUGGGUUAUCGUGGCGGAAGAUGGCUACGGAGUCGAAUUAAUAUUUCAGACAUUUGAAUUAGAGGAGGAGGCCGACUGCGGCUACGACUACAUGGAGAUCUAUGACGGCUAUGACAGCACUGCACCCCGUCUGGGACGCUUCUGUGGCUCAGGGCCCCUGGAAGAAAUCUACUCUGCGGGGGAUUCCAUCAUGAUCCGAUUCCAUACAGAUGACACUAUCAAUAAGAGAGGCUUUCAUGCCCGAUACACGAGUACCAAAUUUCAGGACGCGCUGCACAUGAGAAAGUAGCUUGGAUGUUCCUCAUAGACGUUCCCAGGUGGAGGAGUGAGACA